UCUAAUCCGGAUUGGCUUACCCUCUUCGGUUUCUUGGUUGCGGUGAAGUAGAGCUUCCCUCUUCGGCGUCGCGCGGGGGAGAGCUUCGAAUGAGUCGCUAUGCCAUUGCCUGUCGAGGGUUUGCUUUUCCUCUUCUGCAUUUAUUCGUUGUUGUUAUGCUUCUAGUGAAGUAGAGUUUUGAAAGAGUCGAAGCUUCUCCGCCUCCUCCUCCGACGUCGUUCCUGUCGGAUCGGAAGUCGCGCCGGGAGCUCGCCGCAAAGGAUUUAGCUUAAAUCCUGCUACUAUACAGCCCCUCACGGCUUUGAUUUGUGAUGGCGGAAACUCUUAUUGGCACUUGGAAGGAAAGCAAGGCAGGUAAGCUCGUCUUUGCCGUGGUGGGGAUCAUGGCCACUCUCCUUGUCUACGGCGUUUUGCAGGAGAAGAUUAUGAGAGUUCCCUAUGGAGAAGAUAAAGAAUACUUUAGAUUCUCCUUGUUUCUUGUUUUGUGCAACCGUAUUAUAACUUCUGCAGUAUCUGGAGGCGUCUUACUGAUCAGUGAAAAGACAUUGAUUCCUGCUGCCCCAAUGCAUAAAUAUUGUGCAGUAUCAUUAUCCAACAUUCUUACAACAACAUGCCAAUAUGAGGCACUGAAGUAUGUUAGUUUUCCUGUUCAAACACUCGCUAAAUGUGCAAAAAUGAUACCUGUAAUGGUUUGGAGCACAAUUAUUAUGCAAAAGAAAUAUAAUGGAAAGGACUAUUUCUUUGCCUUGUUUGUGACAUUGGGUUGUUUUUUAUUCAUUUUAUAUCCGGUAUCAGAUGAUAUCAACCCAAAUCAAAUAGGAAGAGAAAGUACUUUGUGGGGCGUUACGCUUAUGAUUGGUUAUCUUGGGUUUGAUGGUUUUACCAGCACGUUCCAAGAUAAAUUGUUCAAGGGUUAUGACAUGGAGAUACAUAACCAAAUAUUCUACACUACAUUGUGCUCUACUUUUCUCAGUUUUUGUGGACUUGUAGUACAGGGUCAUCUACUUAUGGCAAUAGAUUUUAUGCUUCGCCAUCAAGACUGCAUCUUUGACGUCUUGUUGCUAUCCACGGUAGCAACCGCUAGCCAAUUCUUCAUUUCAUAUACAAUUCGAACAUUUGGGGCUCUUACAUUUGCCACCAUAAUGACCACAAGACAGUUGGUGAGUAUCAUGCUAUCUUGUUUCUGGUUCUCUCAUCCCCUUAGUUGGGAGCAGUGGUUUGGAGCUGUUAUUGUCUUUGGAACUCUCUACACCAAAAGCUUCCUGAGGAGCAAUCAGCAUAGUCAGUUGCCUUUGGUUCAAACAAAUGAUGAAAAUAAAACUCAAGGAAACAGUAAUUCUUGAGACCACAAAAUACACAUCUAACUUUUAAUUCAAUACUUAGGCUUCCUAUGGGACGGCUUUCUUACUACUUAAAGCAGUUUUCGAGUAUAAAAUUUUUAAUUUAUGUUCUAAAAAGCUGGUUUAAGAAGCAACAAGAAAGUCGUCCCAAACGAAGUCUUAGAUUUCGUUUGGGACGGU